AGCUAGUUUCUACACCUGUCUUCGUAGCGCCACCACCAUGUAGACGGCGGCCCCUUUUCGCCGUUGCGUAAAACGAGAUUUGUGACCGGCCCGCGACGAGUGCGCCAGUUUAGCGCGUCACGCCGACUUGACAACACUGGCGAUGCUUGGGCGACGCUGGUAGCUAACGCUAGCUUGGAAGCUAACGUUAUCUACGUAGCGUCGAAGCGACCUGCUGAGCAUCCGGGCUGGGACUAUUUCCUGAAACUGUACGCGAGACUGCGCUUAACACGGCGACAAAACACCGAAAAUUGAAGAGCAGUACGUCUCCUGCCCGAGGACGUUCUAGAUAUCCCUCCUCCUCCUCCUCCGAGCCUGGCACCUUCACUGUACGGACCACCACCGCGCAGCUCUGCACCUCCGAACGCAAGAGACGAGUAAAACGCCUUGCCUGCACUCAGUACUACUACUAAACCACCACCACUGCCAGCGACUGACAACCCUUCACUGCGCCUCUUUGGACGAUCAGCGUUGUGUUUAUGUCUUUGUUUUGUAAAAACGAGCUGUUGCGCAGCCGUUGGAACCUGUGUGGUGGAAAUCUAGCCUUCAAGCAAGGAUCUUGCGGCCACAGCGGCACGGCGUUUUUCAUGUCAGAGACCGAGCGCGCUUGCAGUUGUUUAUGUCAUCCCCUCUUUUCCAGACAGAAGAUCCCGAAAAAUCCCCAUUCAAGAACCUUUUAUCUUACUGAUAGUGCAAACAUCCAGCCAAAAUGUCUGUCAAUGUCAACCGCAGCGUGUCAGACCAGUUUUAUCGCUACAAGAUGCCCCGUCUGAUUGCCAAGGUUGAAGGCAAAGGGAAUGGAAUCAAGACGGUCAUUGUCAACAUGGUUGAUGUUGCCAAGGCACUAAACAGGCCUCCAACCUACCCAACCAAGUUUUUUGGUUGUGAACUCGGUGCUCAGACCCAGUUUGAUGCCAAGAAUGACCGCUACAUCGUCAAUGGAUCCCACGAGGCGAACAAGUUGCAGGAUAUGCUUGAUGGGUUCAUCAGAAAAUUUGUGCUGUGUCCCGAGUGUGACAACCCUGAAACUGAUCUGCAUGUCAAUCCCAAGAAACAAACCAUUGGCAACUCCUGUAAGGCCUGUGGAUACCGCGGCAUGCUAGACACCAGACACAAGCUCUGCACGUUCAUCCUCAAAAACCCUCCAGAGAAUAAUGAUAGUGGUUCAGCAUCUGCCAAGAAGGAAAAAGAGAAGAAGAACCGUAAGAAGGACAAGGAGAAUGGCUCUGGCAGUGGAGAAGCUGGGAACCACAAUGACAUAGAUGCUCCUGAUGCAGUGGAUGGAGAUGAUGAUGACGAGGAUUGGGCAGAGGAGACUACAGAGGAGGCGCAGCGACGACGGAUGGAGGAAAUCAGUGACCAUGCCAAGAACCUGACCCUCAGCGAAGACCUGGAAAAGCCCUUGGAGGAGAGGGUCAACCUGUUCUACAAUUUUGUGAAACAAAAGAAGGAGAAUGGAACAAUAGAUGGGGCUGACAAAGAGAUCUUGGCAGAGGCGGAGCGUCUGGAUGUGAAGGCAAUGGGCCCACUCAUCCUGAGCGAACUGCUUUUCAAUGAGAACAUUCGUGACCAGAUCAAAAAGUACAAACGCCACUUUCUGCGAUUCUGCCACAACAACAAGAAAGCCCAGAAGUAUCUUUUAGGAGGCUUUGAGUGCCUAGUGAAGCUGCACCAAGCCCAGCUGCUGCCCCGUGUGCCUAUCAUACUUAAAGAUCUGUAUGAUGCAGACUUGCUAGAGGAAGAUGUCAUAUUUGCCUGGGCAGAGAAGGUUUCUAAGAAGUAUGUCUCUAAGGAACUUGCCAAAGAGAUCCAUGCCAAGGCUGCCCCUUUUGUAAAAUGGCUGAAGGAGGCAGAGGAGGAGAGUGGAGGCAGUGAGGAGGAGGAGGAGGAAGAUGAUGAGAACGUUGAGGUCGUGUACUCGUCCUCUGCCCGCGAACUGAAAGUGGAGACGGUGAAGCCAGACAAACCUGAUAAAGAGGAGGAGGACAUUGAUAUUGAUGCAAUUUAAAAAUGAGACAGAGGAGAUACGCUUUCUUGUGUUGUGGCUCUGAGUUUCAUGAUGCCCCUUAAUGAUACCUGAGUGGCUGGCAUUUCCCUCCUUUAACCCUCCAACCUCCCUAUGGCCCCUCUGCUUUGUGGCAUGACUUAACAUAGCGCUUGACUUUUGCUGCACAUUAACUCUGUAAUUUUGAGAUGUAUUCAGUUGAUGAUAUGAUGUUGCUAUGGGAAUUUUAAUCAUGGGUGUUUUGGGCUAUCAUUUGAAUGCACAUUGCAUUUGUUUCUGUAUUUUUCCAGCCAAUAAAGAAUGUUUUGCUAUCCACCAUAA